CUCACAUGUGAAACUUGAACAGCGACAACCUUUAAUUAUCACUUAUAUUUUUGUCAGUGGGAUUCACCACAGUGAAGGAAACCGAACAAAGUAAUCGAACACGGUGAUAAGAGGGCACUUAAGAGGGAUGCGUAGCAAAUGCGGUCGUUUCCUGCUGAAGACACAGAUAGCCACAUGUAGUGGCUAACGUUAGCUAGGUUUCUGCAAAGAAGCGCACCUGAAGGUUCAGUAUUUGAACGGUUUCAAAUUUUUUUCUUCUCUGAAAACCCAAGGGUGUCUUGUCAGCUAUUUCAUAUUGUGCAUAAUAAAUUUGCGAUUAUAUCUCACACAAACGAUGAUUUUAUAAGAGUUAUAUAACAUUUUUUUGCACCACUGCGCAAACCGAGUCACGUUUCUAUUCAGUAAACAAGCAAGACUUGCAUACUUUGUCCUUGGUUCGUGAAAUAGAUAGAACUCUAAGAAACGCUAACUAUGACAUCGCCGAUGACAGUUCCAGUUAUUGACGUCCAGAGCAAUAAUUUCAAGGAGUUAUGGCCUGCGAUGGUGCUAGCCAUUAAAACGUCCUCGUUCAUCGCCUUGGAUACGGAACUUAGUGGUCUGGGUGCAAGGAAGGACCUACUAGCUGAGUCCAUUGAGGACAGGUAUAAAGCUAUAUGUCAUGCCGCUCGCACACGCUCCAUUUUGUCACUGGGCAUCGCUUGUUACAAGAAACUGGAUGACAAAGCGGACACCACGUACCUGGUCCAAGUUUACAACCUAACAUUGCUGUGUACAGAGGAAUACAUCAUCGAACCCCAGUCAGUGCAGUUCCUGGUUCAGCAUGGUUUUGACUUCAACAAACAGUAUGCACAAGGCAUCCCGCAUUAUAAAGGCAACGAUAAGGGGGGUGAUGCCCAUGGCAUAAACAUGCGUUCGUUAUACGUGGAACUCCUCCGGGCCAGUAAGCCCUUAGUGGUCCAUAAUGGUUUGAUUGACAUGGUGUUCCUGUACCAGUGCUUCUACGCUCACCUGCCAGAGAAACUGGGCACCUUCACCGCCGACCUGUCCCAGAUGUUUCCCUCCGGCGUUUACGACACCAAAUACGCCACGGAGUACGAGCUGCGCUACACGGCCUCCUACCUGGAAUACGCUUACAAGAAAUGUAAACUGGACAAUUCCAGAUCCAUCGAGGGUGGUGGGAGUGGACCUCGGAUGUUUCUGGAAUUCUGUAACUACGCUGGACACAUGCAAAACUACGUUGACUACAGACCCUGCAUAGACCAGCAGAGCCAACAAGCCCCCCAGAACAUUUGUGUCCAGUUCUCUGCUUACGGGUGGUGUCCUAACGGCUCUCGGUGUUCCAUGUCACAUGACACCGACCUGAUCAUCCAACAGGACGAGAGGAGUAGGGAGGACAAGAGGAAGAAGAGAAAACGUAAGAAGAAACAGAAGGCAGUGCAAGAGGAGGCGAACGCGCCAGUGGAGAAGGAGCGCUGCGCCUCCCCCGACUCCAAACGGGCAAACGUGGAGGACAUGGAGCAAGAGGAAAAGCGGCAGGACCAGGAGGGGACGGGAACGGGAACGGGUCCCCCGGUCCCUCAACCUGUGUCGGGAGCCGAGGCCGCGGAUAAGAACCCGCCGAACACAACGGCCGGAGAAGAGAACAGAAACAGCGUUUCAGAGUCAAAGCCGGACACCAGCGACGGGCCCCACAGCGCGACGCUGACCCCGGAGACGGGGGACGGUACGAAGGACAGGAAGCUGGAGGGGGGCACCCACAGGGCGGGGUUUGACGCUUUCAUGACCGGGUACAUUUUCGCCUUCGCCAGCUGUCUCGCGGCCAAGCCAGAGGAGUCGAACCCGGAGUCCUGGGUCCCCGGGUGCGCGAACAAGCUUUACCUGAGCGGCAAGUCAGUGCCUCUGCACGUGGCCAAAAGCACCUUCUCAAAGUCGUCGAAAGCUCACGUGCGCAAGAUGGACUUUGUCUGGGGGAAGAGUGGCCGAGAGAACCAAAACGGAGGACACAGCGUGAAGUGAAAAUCCUCAGCCACUUUCACAUUAUUUUUUUUGACGAAUAAAGGAAAAAUUAC